UUAAAGUGAGAGUCGUAUUUUUGUUCCUGUGUCACCAAAGGGAAGAAAAGAAUAGUGCAACAACCACAGCGCAUUCGGUCGGGACCCAUCCAAAAUUGAAUCUCGUCAUUAUCACGGAACAUUUUUCUCUCAUCUGACGUUAACCAAACACGUCUUACCAGUGUCGUUGUUGAAGAUGAACUCCAAUGUGGAGAAUUUGCCCCCUCAUGUUCUUCGAUUGGUAUUCAAAGAGGUGUCAGCGUUGGCAGCCGACCCCCCGGAGGGAAUUAAGAUCUAUCCCAGUGAAGAAGACAUCAGCGAGCUUCAAACAGCCAUUGAAGGACCAGAGGGAACUCCGUUUGCUGGAGGCGUUUUCCGAAUGCGUCUUGUCCUGGGGAAAGACUUCCCUGCUGUUCCACCGAAGGGUUAUUUCCUGACAAAGAUAUUUCAUCCGAAUGUGGGACACAAAGGAGAGAUCUGUGUCAAUGUGCUGAAGAGGGACUGGAAAGCUGAACUUGGCCUCAGACAUGUCUUGCUUACAAUCAAGUGUCUUCUCAUCCACCCCAACCCAGAGUCGGCUUUAAAUGAGGAGGCCGGUCGUCUCCUCUUGGAGGACUAUGCUGAAUAUGAGUCUCGUGCCCGCUUGCUCACUGAGAUCCAUGCCAUGGCUGGUCCGGGUGGGACCUCUGGCUCAGCCCAGGACCUGACCGACGGUCCCCAGCCAAAGAAGCACGCAGGUGACCCGAUGAAGCGGGCGGGACCCAGCGCAGCAGCCGUUCCGGCAGCUCUGGGUAACGGAGCCAGCGGUGCCAGCACCACCAGCAGCAAUAACAAUAGUAGCACCAGUAUCGUAGCAGGGAAGAAGAAAGCAGAUAAAAAGCGGGCGUUGCGGCGACUUUAAUAUGUUGUCAUCUGUGUGUGUGUGCGCGUGCGUGCGUGCGUGUGUGUGUGCGUGCGUGCGUGUACAUAUAUAUAUAAGUAUCUCAGUGUGCUGAUAUUUGUCCCCCUCCUUUUGUUACCUCCCCAGACUCCAAUUUCUACUUUUAAACCUCCCCUUCAAGACACCAGUUCAAUAUCAUGUAAGCAGCUCAGUACUUGUGAAGCUGAUGAUGGUGUUGGGGAAAGGAUGCCUCCUCAUCAUGAAAUAUUCCCCGUCCAAGCCUUAUUCUGAAUUAAUUCCUCAGUGAGCUCAUGCCCAUUAGUGAGUCUCACCCACUUUUAUGCAGAAAGAGCUGAAACACAACUGCAGCGUCUUCUCACCGCUCCCUUCCAUGCUGCUGUGAUGGUACCAUGUACCGCUAAACAGCGUGCGCUUCAAAAAAUAAUUAGGGUUCAAUCUUCUUCAGGGAGAGGAGUUGUGUUCAGUCUCGCAAAUAUUUAUGAUCCGAUUGGGUUUAGAAAGCUGAUCAAGAAUUCCCAAUUUUUUUUUUCUAUUUUUCUAAGUGGUUUCACUGUAAAGUAUUUCCUAAAGCUGUUUUUAUCGACAUGUCCACAUUCAGAGGUCCCAUGGUUCUGUGUGAACACAAAGACUGCGUGUCAGGGAUGCAGUCCAACUGCAAGAGUUCAUAACUGAUCUGUCUUUGUUUGUAUUAAACAUACAAUUAUUUUAAUCGACCACCAUUUCCACUGCUGUCUCUGCUCUCUUGCACCCCCACCCACCGAAUACCAGCGAAGACAUCAGUGUGAAGACUUCCAUGUGUGAUAGAAAUGUCCUCCCUAGCCGUUGCACUGGCAGUGUUUCCUCAGCAGGUUUUUCUCUCGGUGUUGAAUUGCAUGCAGAGCGUACAUUUCCCAGGGAAACACACUGAAGCUCUGACAAAACCGGGAUGAAAACUUGCUGCCAGGAUGGUUGCCGGUGGAAACGGCAGGGCAGAUGUUUUUUUGUGUCCAUUUUAAAUUAUUUAAAUUAAUAAAACAUUGAAAUACGAGAAGUGAAACAAAU